GUACCAAGAUUUCAGUUAAAAAAAAUUCAAAUAAACGUCAUGUUAAAGCUAAUAAGAAGAAGAGGUUAAUUGACAAAGGCAGAUAGCAAUAGCAAAAGGAAACGAACAGUGAACGAGCGCGUCCCUUUUCUUAUAAAAACGCAAAAACGCAGCUAUAGAAAAAUUCCGAUAGAGAAACUGUGAUUGGAGAAAUUAAAUAUAUUAAUUUUUAGAAAAAGUUAUAAAAUUUAUAAAAUACUGUGUAAAUAUAAAAAAGUUUCAAUAUUAAUUUAUACAGUCGUAAAAACAAGCUUGAAAAUAGGUGCAGAAGUUCAGUAGUCACGAAUAGCGAAGAAAAAUUUGCUUUCUUUUUUUCGCUGCCACAGUCGGUUCGGCUUGGUUGUAUCGGUUUUCGUGUUCACUGUUUUUUUCUUUUUUUCGUUUUGCGAAACUUCUACUGGCAUAUUGACAUAUUGAUAAUAGAUUUAAUGUGAAAAUUAAAGUGUAAAUCUGAAAUAUAUCAAAACGGCUGAGCAUGGCGUUGGAUGGAGCUAAAUUUAUUUGUCUGUCCGAUGCAGCAGCUGCAGACGCGACAGAAGCGACGCCGACAGCGACCACAGGGGUUGAAGCCGGCGGCAUCGGUGAUGCUUCAACAUCAGAGAAUGUAAUAAUUGAAGCGAAAGGACGCAAAUUCACUGUUGGAUACUACAUGAACUGUGAUUAUGUGCUGGAAGAUCCUCGUGCAAUCGGAGUCCACUGCGAGAUACAGUGCGAUGCUUUCGGCAGGGUAACAAUUCACAAUAACUCCGAAGCACAUCCAAUAAGUGUUAAUGAACAAAUUAUAAAAUUGAAGCGGCCUCUUUUGGACGGUAGUCGCAUUCAGAUCUUGGAUAGAAUUUUUUUGUGGAAGUUUCCGAAAUCUUUGGAGGCAUCUGCAACCAAUAAGAGCACACAAGGGGUUGAUGUUACAAAUAAAGAUACAGUUUCUACACCUCAGAAAUUGGUAGCGGUACCGGAGCAAGCGCCAAAUUCUUGUCCCGACCUUAAACAUCAUCGGAAAGUGGAUAAAAGAUUCACAGUACAUAACUUUGCGUACUGCAUCAACUCCGACGAGGAGGGCAAUAUUUCUUCUGAAUUGCCAGUUAUAAUAAAUGAAUCGGAAAGAACUGAAGAAGCUUCAACAAGCGAAUUAGUUACACAAAAAGAAACCAAUAAAAAUAAAAGGUUUGAAGAAAUGUCAGUGGAAGACAAAGAGAUCUUGCCAACUAGUAGUACAUCACAAGACAGUGCUGAUGGCAAAAUAACAUUAGAAACAUUGAAUGCCGAACGACGUAGUAUUACACCCGAGCCACAAAAAAAUGAGCCAAUCAUUGCCAGUACACCCUUGAUAAAAUUAGAGAAUACACCAAAAAUGAAUUUAAUAAAUUAUACACAAAAUAAGCAAAACAAAAGUACCGAAAAGAAACUACGUCUAUUAUCCUUUUGCCAGCAAUCCGAUGUGGUGAUCACAUCCUUUUCACCACGCGAAACCGGUGUACGUAUCGAAAAAUCGUUUACAGCAGUGAUUAAGCCUACAACUAUCUGUACUAUAUCUACAAGCUCAACUACACCUAAGAGCGUUUAUAGCACUCCGAAAAGUAUGCUGUCUGACUAUAACGAUGGUGAAAGUCGUGAUUUUAUUGACUUCUCUACACCAGCAACAUCGAAGAAAGCCGCCCGAGUACUUGCUAGAAAUUCUUCUAUGCAUUUAAUCGAUUUGACUACGCCUAGCAAAUUGGCACCCGACAGCUCGAGACAUCGCUUGACAUAUAAAGGAAAUAAAACACUACCUAGCCAUGUCAAAUUUUCAAUAACUUCAAUCUCCUCCGAUAAGUUAAAAGAAGAUUCGGAGCAAAAAGAGGAUGCUUGUGUGGUAUCAACAAAGAUUUCAACAUCGGGAACAUCACUCAAUAAGUCUGAAUCAUCCCCUCAAAGUGCCGAGUCAAUUAUUAGUGUCGACGAAACUAGCGAUUCAUCAACCGCGGUUAUUGAAAUAUCUGAAGAUGAUUCGCCAGCACCUAGUACAGCGUCGCCAGUUCGCACAGGUUUUACCACAAAGACACCACAGCGAUCGACCGGACAGAAACCUUUCACCUCUACGCCAUUGCGUACACCACAAUCCUUAUUAAAACGUGCCAUAGUAACAAGUGCUAAAAAGCAAAUAAACUCCUCACUGCGAGCUGCACUCGGUAAAUCAACACCAGCGCGACAACUAGCAUCAACGCCAGCUCAUAAUAGAAAUUUUGAACGAACCGGCACUACUGCAUCAACACCGUCAACUCCAAAAAGCCGAAUAUCUAUUGGCUCACCAGGCAGUGUAGCUGCAGCACAACGUCGAAAUAUCAGCUCUUUAACAGGUGCCAGUCACAGUAGGGAACAUGUAAUUACAGCCUCAAUAACACCAAGCAUACGCCUUACACAAAACAGAAAAAUCACAGCUUCCGCUUCUCGUUUGAAUACAGCAAAGCGUACCUCUCCCUUGCGUGGAGUACGAAAAUCAUUCGGCGGCACGGCACUCACAUCUCAUAUUUCGAAGACUCGCCGAUCAGUUAUAUCACCACGUAAGCAUUCACCAACAGCCAUCGCUACGAAAUUGGCAGCAAAGGCUCGUAAAUCAUUUAUACCCAACAGUCCAAAUAAGAGACCAGUAGCAUCGCGUGCUCGCAGCUUGGUAGCCGCAGCGAUGAGCCCAAAAAGUAGCACUCCAAAUUCAGUAGCGAUUGACGCCAGCUCACCGAAGAGAGAUACUACCGAAAAAGAGGUUAAGAAAGAUGCAUCCUUAGAAGAGCAAAAUGAAGUUGACGAAUUAAGUCGUACAUUCACAGUGGAUGAUUCGUUGGAAGAAGUGCAAAUUAAAACCUCAAAUGCUUCAACAGCCUGUGUUCUAGACGUUUCUACAUCACAAAAGCAGGAAUUGAAUAAGAUGUUUUCCCUUGAGAAAAAGGUACUAGCCAGCGAAAGCAUAGCUGCAGUCGACUUAACUGAUGAUGCAGAAAGCAGUAUUGAAUCUCAAAAAGAGGGUCUCCCAGAAGAUUUGAAUGAAAAAAGCGACAAAAUAAUUACCGAACAUAUAUCGGAGAGUUUCGCUGAAGUUGUAGAAGCAAACGUCAAAACAGAAGAGAAAAUUGAAAGUCUGCAAACUCAAACAGACAGAAACGCAGUUAAGAUCGAAAAACAAAAUGCUAAUGAAACAGUUGAAAUGUCUGCAUCUCAUUCACAAACUGAGAAGCAAGCAGAUGAUGUCAAAACUACUGCCGAAAAAAGUACGAUUGCAAUUGAUAAUCAGCGGGAAUCAAAAUUGAUUGAGGAUCAAGUGUUUGAAACAUUGGACGCUUAUGAAAUAAACGACAAUAUUUCAAUAGAACAACUUACUACUACAGCAGAAGAUCAUGUGCUUACGCCACCUUCUUCUAGUGAAAAAAUAGAUAUGGAAGACAUGCCUAAACAGUCUGCUGAGUCCCAAGGCACAGCGGAGUUGCUGGAAGAGAUCGAGUAUGUAUUGAAUAAAUCCGAUGAAUUACAGCAACAGCUAAGUAAAGAUACACAUGCUUCACACAUUGAAGUAACAAACGAAUUUGUAGCAACAAUUGAGAAGUCAUGUGACGAAACGGAAGAUGUCACAACUAAGAAAAAUACGAAGACUGAUGUCAAUAUUAAUCUCGAAAUUAAUCUUGAUAUAGAGCCUGUUGAAGAUUCGACAACAACUGGUAAGGAUGAGCCAACAACAUCUUCCACUUCAAACUCAGCACUACCAACUUCAAGGGAUAAAAUAGAAUCACAAGAAAAUGCGAGUUCCACAGACACAAAUAUGAAAGCAACAGCCUCCGAAAUAACCUCAACUGAUCUAGCUAGUUUAAUGCAAACAGAGUUAUUAUCUAUUACAUCUAUAACUAUGCCAAGUGAUUUAGAAGUUUCUACCAUUGAAAGCAGUUCAGUUGAGAAACCAAUAGUUUCGGAUAAACAUGAAGCAACCGAUGAAAAUGCAGAAAAUAUAAAUAAUAUUGCAAAUCUGGUGAGUUCAGAAUCCAAAGUGACAGAAAAUGAGUCUGCCAUCAAAACAGAGUGUUCCGUGGCUGUUGCAGUGGAAGCAGAAACUCUUGCUGAAGUCGAGUCAACCACGGGCGUUAUACAAGAAACAGUUGAAAACGAUGCUAGCAACGAAGAAAAUUCUGUUAAUAAAUCGAAAAUUGAUGCAAUAAUUUUAAUCGACACUGCAGAGAUUCUAAAGGAUUCUCAAACUGUAGAGUUGGGGAAAGAAGCUAAAAAAAUACAUGCAGCUGUUGUUAUCAAACUAACUGAAUCCAAUGAUAACGAUACACAAAAAAUAGACCAACUAGAUCUUAUUACAACAGAGUUCAAAGAAACUGAGAGCGUUGCAACAGAAUUUGAAGAAUAUAAAUCGGUAACUUCAAAAUCCAAAGUGGCAUUGACACCAAUUGAAGAUGUGCAAAAGGUUGCCGAAGGAAUUAAAUCUUUAUCAAAUAGCAGCAAAACGAUCACAGAAGAAACAACACCUAAAGCUGAAGAUCAAAUAGCCGCAGGCAGUGAACGCAACAGUGAUAGUGAGAAAGAAAAUAACAUACGUGUUUCCGAAGAAUGUACAAAACUGUCCACCAACACUGCCGAUGAGACUAAGAAACCAUUCUCUUCCGAGCCGAAAACUCCGAAUCUCUGUGGAGUGCGCGAUAUGUUACGCACCCCAAAGCAAACAGACUCCACUACUCCACGUUUUGUUGGGUUGCGCAAUCUUAUGCGCACACCUAAGGCAUCAACUAGUGCCGCAGCUGCAGCUGCUGCUUCAGAAGACGACACCGAAGAGUUGUUAGGCGUGCAGAAAUUGCUAAAAACGCCGUGUAUAAGUAAAAUAAAAGCAGAUACUCCACAAAAUACUGCUGAAGAUAGCAAAUUCACACCUAGACGUAGUACAAGGCGUAGAGCUUCGGCAAAUCCCGAGCUAACACCAACACCUAAAAACAUUACGGAAACGGACGAUACACCACGUCGUACAACCCGAAGACGUGCAUCGGCAUAUGCUGAAGUUAACUACACGCCACAACGUAUUACACGGAGGCGCUCUUCUUUGGCGUUAGACAAUGAAGCAGCAGCAGACAAGACAUUGACGCCAAUUAAACGUGGUGGCUUGCAUUCUAAACGCCCAGGCACAAUAGCUGAAACUCCAGUUGCUGAAGAUAUGGGUGCAAUUAUUGAAGAGGAGGCUAAAGAGUGUGUGCAGGAGUCGACUGAAGACCAGCAAGACUUUGUGGAAACUCAAAAGAAUAAGGAAACUGAAAAUAACGUGCAAGACGCUCUUGAAGUUAUUGAGGAGAGCAUUUGUGAAGAAGUUAAUACACAGAAUCAGGAUGUUGAAGAGCAAAAAGAAGAAAUUGUGGAAGAUAAAUCAAAUAAUGAGUGCGAGAAAGCAGAAAAGUCCACAAGUGAAAACGAAUCCAUUUGUGUUAAUGAGAAAAUUGUUGAAGAUGUCGAUAAGGUGGAGACUGCAACUGAAUCUGAAUCCCAACCACAACAAACACAAGUGCAAGAAGUUGCUGCAGAUAGUUCAUAUAACAUUGGCGAAGUUCAUAAAGAAGAACGCAUACAAGAAAGUAAAGACUUAACCGCAGAUAAAACUGCCGAAAUACUAGAUGAAUCAGACUAUGAGUAUGGAAAAGAGGUCAUGGAAAAUAGUGAAGCAACAGCUUCCACUGACGCUCUUCCGAAAACACCUAAAACUCAACGAAAAUCUAUCAAAAUUGCCGAUACUUACUCAGAAAAAUCACCGAAAACACCCGUAAUGAUCGGCAUGCGUGAGCUACUAAGAACACCGAAAGAUUCCGUUGACACACCAAAGUUGACUGGUGUACGGGAUUUGGUGCGCACACCCAAAACAAUAAUUGGUUCAGCAACAAACGAUAUGGUUGAUGAUGCGAAAGAACUAACCGGCUUAGCCGAUUUGAUGAAGACACCUAAAGCUACUAAAACCCAUAGUGAGAACAUUGAAGCGGCAGAAGAAGACGAUGAACCAUCCACAUCGACCAAAGCGCAUGCAGACUUUUUCGGUAUGCGAGAGUUAUUGAAAACACCGAAACAUACUAGCACGCCAUAUUAUAGCGGUAUGCGCGAACUGCUGCGCACGCCCAAGGCUUGCAGUACACCACAAUUAGCUGGAGUGAGGGAACUCAUGCAGACGCCCAAACGUACUAAACUAGAUGUCGAAUAUGGCGACAAAAACGAAGAACUGGAUCAAUUCUUCAAAACACCACGCGCUAAAAACAUUAUGAUUCCAGCCGAUCCGGCUAGUGCCCUUUUGGAACCCAGUUCGGACUCAUCGGCUGAAAUUAUGAUGGCUGCGACAACGGAAUAUGAACUGCAUAGCAGCAGUCAGCGUCCGCUUGAAGAAAUCUACAAGACGCCCGUUAGCACUCGUUUAACAAGCGUUGAAAUUGAAAAAGACACAAGUUUAACUGCCGAAUUCGAAGUGAAUGUACCCGAGACACCGGCAGCUAUUUGUGCUAACCCACCGAAGGCAACAACCAGCAAACGAUAUCUCUCCGCUGAAGAGACAUUUGACGAAAUGGUCGGAUUACGUACCACACUGGAUGAAACGCCUCCGCAGAAGGUCUAUGCACGCAAACAACAAUCAAUCGUCGCAGUUUCACCCUUCUCAGCAACAGAUGUGAUUUCUGAUUUACCUAAAACCGACAUACAGGAAUGGGUCGAGAAUUUAGAACAAGAGUCCGAAUCAGAUGUAGAAGAACAGGAAUUUACUGCAUCCACUUCAAUACUGAACGCAUCCAAGGCAACACAUGAUCCGAUUGCGGCAUCGGCAUAUGAAAUAAGUGGUGUCAAUACAACCGAGGAAUUGCUGGCGGACAUGAGUGCGGUGUCUUCUAUGGUUGAUCCAUUGCAGCCAACUGCAACAAAACCUAAUAAAUCUUCACCAACAAUAGUCCUUGAUGCCAACGAGACAUUGCGGCCGGUUACGCCGAUCAAUACCGAAAUGAGCGGCAUCAAUUUGCUUGACCAGACAAACGAAUCAGUUUUCUCGGAACCAUUAGUGGUGAGCGAUACGGAGUCAGAACAGUUGGAAGAAAACGAAAAUGAUAAAGCAGAAACAGAAACAGAAAAGUUCUUUAACAAAAGCGUCGAUGUUAAAAAAUCACAAGACGUGGAAGAAUUUCCAAUAAUGUUUAUUGAUAGCAGUGAUUCUGAGCACGAAGAAGAUAUGAAGACAACUGAAAAAUCCGACGCAAAGAAAGUUAAGGUUAAACUAACACCUGAGGUAGAAAUCAUAGAGUUAGAUGAUGAAUCUACCGCAAACGCGGACGUAACCAACAAACCAAUUGAUAUUCAUGAAGAAUUCAGAAACUUCCAGUUACACAAAAAUGUUGCAGGUCAACAUAUACGUGCAUCCACGCCAAAUCGAAGUGUAAUGCAAUCCACUAGGGCGCGUCGACCAAGUAUGGGCGCUGAACAAUUCAUUACUAAGGUAUCGAUUGAUGUGUCGAAUGAAAAAUCUCGGUUAACUAAAGAAAGAGAGCGUAAAGAAAUUGACACCGUAGUAGAGGUUGAUGAAGAGUCAGAAGACAAAGUAACGGUAAUCGAAGACGACCCAAUCGAGACUUCUGCGAAUGCAACCGAACUAAAAGGUACAAAUCCAAGUGAAAACAAGCCUUCAGCAACAACUGCUGAAACGAUGCGCAAUGAAUCAGAAUUUCGCAAUUUCCGAGCAAAUAAGUCAAUCACCAGCCGGAGAAAGCGUGCUGCGACACCAGAUCAAGUCAAUAAAUCGCGGUCAGAAAAAAUAAUACAAGGUCGUCGUCUAACCUUAGGUGCUGAGCUGCAUUUACACAAUGUAAAAAUCAAUUUUGAGGAAGAGAAAUUAAGAUUAGAGCAAUCGAAGCAACAAACGGCACGUAUCGAAGUAGACUCGCUAGAGAGAGAUGAUUCAUUUAAAACCGACACUGUGGAAGCAGUUGCAACUGUAGGGAACAAAACAGCAAAUGCAAAUUAUGUGGAUAGUGCAGAGAAUGUGGAAGAUGAAGAAAAAGUUGAUGUUAAAACCCAAAUGGAUAGGCAAGAAAAUGCGAGUGAAGUGGAAGCAAAUAUAUUGGAAAAGCUAGGAAAAGAAUUUGAAAAAGGCUUAGAUGAGUCAGUACAAGAUUUGGAAACUGAAAUUUCAGUAGCGGAUAAAAAUGACGCUCAAACUAUCGCUAACGUAGCUAAAGGCUCAGCUGAGGAACCGGAAACUAAUGUCAUGAAUGUGGAUAAGAUAGAACCGAAUAUAAAUUUUGUCUGUAAAGACGCAUCUUUGGAAAACGUUGCAUUUGUGGCAACCUCAAAGGAAAAUAAUGUAAACAAGGCUGAAAAUGGAGACACUGCAGCCACAUGUAGCAACUUUGAGCGUAAGACAAUCACGUCUGGCAAUGAUAAACCUACUGUAACAUUGACUAUUGAAGAGGAAAAUGCUUCAGAAAUGAUAAAUGAAGCGAAAUCAGAAUAUGUUGAAAAUAAGUUAAAAGAAGAGACUGAAAGUACCGCUGUAGAUGAACUUACCCCCGCAGGGUCAACAAAAGAAGAAAAUAACCCUGAAGUACAAUCAACUGUUGGUAUCGCAGACCAAGAAGAUUUAGAAGAAGCACCUGGUAGCGCAAUAGUUGAAGUAAUUCAAGUCAGAGCAUCCACAAACAAAGCAAAUGAAAACAUAACUGAAUCUGAAGAUCAUCAAGUGCCCAAUAAUGUUAGUCUUGAAGCACUCAAGUCACAUGAAGAAUCAGCUCCAACAGCUUUAGAAGUUGAAAAUAAAACAUCAUCUGCUGGAGAUGAGUUCAACGGAAGUGAUAUAUUUGAUUUAACCGAAGAGUUAUCAAAUGAAACGCUGAAAAUUAACACAACACAAGGCGUUAUAUUUGACUUAACUGAAGAUGAGGUCGAAAGUACAGCUGAAACGAACACUGCCGAAAACACGACUUCCUACGAACAAAAACAGCAUGACGUGACUGAGUCCACAACAGUGUCUAUAGCUAGCAAUGUUAACAAAAUAUCGGAAGCAACAGAAAAUGCAGGAUCUGAAAGCAGAUCCGCGGUAGCAUACCAAGAAAUAGCAUUGAGUAAGGAAGCGCAAGCAGAUAAAACGGAAGUUACGUAUGAAAGCGAAAUGGCCGAAAAGGCAGUAAAAACGACAAUUGUUGAAGAACUAGAAGCCUCUGUUGAUGAAAAGUCGCCACCACCCGCUACAAAUACAAGUACGGAUAAUGAAGCUUUCACUUUGGUCGUAUCUGCUGGAUCAGAAUUGGAAAAUGGCGACGAAAUACCCGAACGCGACGAAGUAGCGCCAAAAACUAGCAAAGCUAAUAAGUAUGCAACGAAAGAGGUGCCUGUCGUAAAAGCCGAUACGAACAAUGAAGUAGAAGAACUAAAUAAUCAAGUGAACCAAGCUAACAUCACAGAUGAUGUUGAAACUGAAGCUAUAUCACAAGGCUCAGCGACUGAACUCCAUAGUGAGGCAGCAGAUAUUACGGAAGAACCAGCAACAACAAAUACAAAAGAGCCAACUAAAGUUACUGCGUUCGAAACAGAAAUGGAGUCAGAAACCCCCACGUCUGCUACCCUUACUGUAAAUGAAGCUGACACCGCCGACAAUAAAGAUUCAAAUGAAACGGUUCGAACUGACAUUGAGCUGUGUAUAGUACCAGAAGAUGCUACUACUUCUCCAAUUUCACCAACUACAAUGGAAACUGAACUGGCCAAUAAAGAAACAAAAGAAAACAAACUAGCUGACCAAUUACAAACUGAAAACCUCGCCGUUGUGACAGCAGAAAUAACAGACGAAGCAAAAAAAGAGACAGCAACGGCCGCUGAAAUCGUUGAUGAACCAGUUCAAACCCCAGUAAAUCAAGAAAAGUCAGACCUAAUCGGAGACAAUGAGGAAAUUGAAGCACAACCUUCAUGUUCCCAACUAGGAGGCAAAGAAAAUAAUGAGGCUGAAAUUAUACCACUCAUCAUAGCUGCUUCAACCAUAUCACAUGAUGCGCAGGAAACGGCGGAAACUUUGGAAACAGUUAGCGGCGAAGUUCUAGUGAAUAAAGAAGAAUCACCUAAAAAGACCGUUGUAGAUAUAUCCGCCAAUUCGACUGAAGAGCAUGAAGAAACGUUAGAAUUAUUAAAGGAAAAUGAAAUAGCUGUAGAAAAUAUCGAACGAAAACAAAGUGAAACGCCAACAUGCAGUGAAAAACAACAGUCGCCGAAGCGAAGAGUUUUCAAAUCAUCAAAACAAAAAGCAGAAGAGGAACCAAUCCAUAAAUCAACCCUCGAAAGUAAACCAUUGAUUGAGAAAAAAGUUACAGCAGCUCAAAGUCACAUAGAUAUGGCUGAAGAAGGAAAAACAGAUGUGGUGCAAUUAUCAGCAAGUAAAAGUUCAAAAACUUCUGAAAGCAGUGAAGUUGAUUCAAAGAUGUCGGUUAAAGAAACAUCAGAACUUGGCGAAAAUAUGAAGACGAUAGAAAAGGAACGUGAAAUAUCCGAUGAGACACGAGCGCCUCUCAAGCGUAGAGGUCGUAAACCAUCUCGAUCUAAACAAACAACUGAAGCAAAUGUCGAUUUGGUGUCCACGACAACAAUUACAAAGACAAUAUUAGUUGAGGAGUUUUCAGAUGACAAUAAACCUAUCCUUCUAACAAGCAAGCAUGAAGAAUCUUCCUCUGGUACAGUGCAGACAAAAGCCGAUGCAUCAGUUGCAACCUCCACACGACACAAAACAGAACCAGAAUAUUACACAAAAGUAAACUAUGAAGUAUGCAUAUCGGAGAGCGCAGAAACGGCACAUGAUGUCAAAACAGAUAAGCAUGUGAAGAUUGUACUACCAGACCAAAGCGAAAAAUUGAUAAAAGAUAGUAAGUACACUGACCAUUCGGAAGCGGUGAGCAAUGCUACAGGCCAACAAUUGGCUUCAUCUAUUGAACUUGAUAAAGAAAUAGAUGCCACUGAAGCUCCUGGAACUACUGAUAAAGUUGAGGAAGUGCAUGAACCAAAGCGAACACGGCGCACUCGCAAGGACUCCCAAUCCAGUCAAUGUUCUACACAUGAUGAAGAUCAUCUACCGACAACAACAACCAGACGGCGCGGUGGACGUCGACGUGCUGACACCCCACUUGAGCAUAUUGAAGUCUCAACCUCUGAUCUGGCAACAGUUAAGCGCCGACGUCAAGGUCAAGACAAAUUGGUCGAGGAUAAGCCGCUAGAAGAAAUACAAGAAGUACAAGUUGAGGAGAUCGAAAUUGUAAUUGCAGAAGAAAAUGAUAUCGAAGCCAACAAGACUUCGGAAGAGUGUCAAGCAAGUAUAGCUGAAGAGCAUAGUGGAGACAUUGAUAAUGACGUUAAGAAAUCAGACAACGAUCAUUUAGAGGCAGUCGUACGUUCCACUACUGGCAAAGAGGAACAUGUUGAUUCAGAAGAUGCCUUAAUAAAAAGUAGCACCAGCAGGCGGCAACGUAUGGCGAAAGCAACAGAUGAAAUAGGUGACAGUAUGGUUAAGGAAUUACAACAUAGUGAUACUGAUGAAUUGUCAAAUGUGGCCGCCGCUACAAAACGUGGCAGACGCAAGCCGACGCUUUCCGAAUCGAGUCAAACUUCAGUCAAUUCAGAAUCUCUUAGCACCAAACGUCGAAGACGCGGACAUAACGUAACUUCGGAUAAAUCUAAUAGUAAUGAGGCAAUGGAAGAGACUGAAAAUAGCCUUUUGCCUAAAAUUACGGAGACAUUACAAAUUAGAGAAGAUGAUGCCACAACUGUGCCGGCGCUGCUCACCACAGCUAAAGCCGUAGAAGCUGAAUUCUUAAGUGAAGCGGAAAACGCUGUUGAAGGAAACUCUGAUGCAAUCAAAACAGAAGUAGAUCAUAGCGCGGGUGCGGAGUCUUCGAAACGUAUGGGAAAUAAGCGGACACGCAAGGCGAGUAAUAAGGAAUUACUCGAUGAAACAAGAGAUAUAAAGAUAGAGGAGUCUCAUGAUGAAAAAGUAGUUGUGGAACAAGAACAACCCUUAAAGAAGGUCGCUGCGACAAGUCGCGCACGUGUUAAUCGAUAUAAGAAACCCGAAGUAGAUGACGAUUACCAUGAGAAAACAGAAGAACCUGAUCAAGUUCACAAAGAUGAAGUAACACUGGAGAAGGAAACUCAAAACAAAAUUGAAGUGGCCGACCAAGCCGUUGUGGAGUUAACAAAUACAAAUGCAGACUCUGUAGGUGGUCGGCGAGGACGUCGAGGAGCAGCCGCUGCUGCUACCGUCGCAAUAAAUGAGGUAUCCUCAGCUCAUAAACGCAAUGCAUUGCGUGGCAAGAGCCACCAGAAUAAAUCACAUGCAACGCGAAAAGAAGAUGAAACAAAUAAGACAGCGGCUAAGGAAGAACAAAGUGAAACAGCUACCGAUCAUGAUGAGGCGCCGACUGUUGUUGAUGAGAAACACCCACACAAAGCGGUACGCAGACGCCGUAUUUCUCUAAAAGAAGUGCAGCCAUCACACGCUGUUACAGCUGAAGAAGGUGAAGGUGUUGAACAAUUGGAAACAGAUGAAGUUGCAGGCCCAUCGACGAAGGUUGCACCGAAGCGCUCACGCAAGCGUCGCGAGUCGCAUCACGCGGAUGACCCACAGCCGCUUAAUAAGUCGGAAGCGCGAGACGAAACGCCAACAUCUGUACCGGCUGAAUCGCCCACCCCAACGUCAACGAAACACCGUAGUAGACGUAAACGCAAGGAUUCGCAUCAAAACAUUAAUGAUGGAACUUUUGGUGAUGAACCGCCAAAGAAACGUCCACUCAGUCGUAAGCGCCGCGACUCCUCGUUGGAUAGUAGUAUACACGAGGGAACUGGCAUUGAUAUGGACACCAAUCAUGGAGCAAAUACUUCAUCUUCCUCAACGACGCCGCAACGUCCACGGCGCGCAGCUGCGGCUCAAGAUCGCAACUAUGACGAAAGUUCAGAUGCUGAGGCGCAGGUCGAUCUCAAGCGUCGUAUUGAGAAAGCUUCGUUACCAAAAGCCAGCACUGGCGCUGCAACAGCUGUUUCUUCAACGAAACAAGGAAGUCCCACAAGGACUAAAACUCCCACAAAGGCAAUGAUGCCGGCAGUUGUUGCAGAGAUUACAGCUAAAACAACGAGCACACCUAUACUGUCUACAGUGAUCACCACAAGUCGUGGGCGCCAACGGAAACCCACCGCGCGCGUGCAGCAGUACCUUGAAGAGGAACGCGCCAAAGCUGAGACGCCGAAGAAACGUUUAUUGCUCGCUUCAGCCGCAAUCGGCGAAACACCCACAUCACAGACGGGCGGUACACCUGCACGUCGCACACGAAAGGCUUCCACUGUUGAAACAGAGAGGUCUGAAACGGUUCACACAAUGGCUCGUGGUCGAACGCGCACCGCAAAGGUCUUGCACGUCGCAGAAACUACUGAAGAACCGCCUUCGGAAGUGGAACAUACACAUUCCGAGUUGGAAACAACACACAGUAGUAGUCAUGUGGAAGAAAAAGAGCAAACAACAAAUGCAAAGGCAACAAAACGUCCACCACGUGGUCGUGGCAAACAGCCUAUAGUCGCGGUAGCAGCCGCUAACGUGGAAAGUGAAAUUCCCGCUGUGCCAGCAACAACGGUUGCUACUUCAACAGAAGGAACACACACUGGCACCGGUCGCGCAGGACGCGCCGCGAAAGCAGCAGCUGCAGCAGCAUUAAUAACCGACGACGCGAUUGGUUCACAUACAAAAGCACGUGGAGGGCGCACACGACGUGGUGCAAUCACCGUCGACGAAGAAGUACAACCAAGCGAUGCCGAAGUGAAAGAAGUACGAACGGAAGUAGUAGUAACGCCUGCACAAGAUGUUGAGCAAACAAACAAGAAAACGAGAAAAGCUGCGGCAGGUGGACGUACCGCUCGAGGCGGUCGUGGUCGUAAAAAACAGCAAGCCCUCGGGCAUGCCACAGAUGAGCACACAUCGCAACACGCGGCAGAUGGCGAAACCAGUAGUAAUGAUGUUUCACAGCAGCAACCGCAACAUCCAAUUAUCGCAGAUGCCGAUGAUGAACAUGAAGACGAUGAAGAAACGCUCACAACGGAAGCAGCAGAUCUAGAGGUAGCUACAUCGCUUGCGGAUGCAAAAUUAGCAGGUAAGAAACGUACAGCAGCCACGCGUAAAGCGGCAGCUGCCACGACCAGUGUUGCAGAGUCUCCAGUACCCAAGCGUGGACGCCGUCGUGCCGUUGCCCCUAACGCUGAGGAAAGUGAUGCCGCCUUACAAUUGGAUACACGAGCCGAGAGCGCCGCCAGUAGCCGUAGCCGCAAAGUAGUUCGUUUUAAUGCAGCCACGCCGUCAAGCGUGGCCAGCGCUACGUUGUCGGUGGAUACAGCUGCCGAAGACACAGAAGAAAUCACAUCAGCGCCAACUGCGCCGGCCAAACGUGCCACACGCUCACGUCGGAAGUGAAUGGACGUGGCAGUACAAUAAAUAACAAACAUCUAGAAUUAGUAAUGUUUAGUAAUCGUGCGCACCGAUUAACACUUGUUUUAAGCAUUUACAAAUUUUUUCCAUUCUCAUUUUAAUUGACUAACGAUUUAAUGUUUAAUUUUCUUAACAAAUAAUGCAUUUGCUUGGGCGGAGCAUAUACUGUACCCUAUUAAAAAGCACAACAACAUUUUGCGCCACAAAUCCAUGCAUGCUCGAGAUUUAUAUUAUCAAGCAAGUAACACUAAAAAUUCGAUUUCAUUAUUAUUUUUAAGCAUUUUCAAACUUACUUUUUCUAAACUUUUAGUACAUAUUGUUUUUACGUUCUAUUUUGAUUUCCUUUCACAACACUCCCUUUUUGUAAUCCAAUUAAAAUUAACAAAAAUUGAAAAAGACAAAAUUAAUAAUUAUAAUGAAAUACAUUUUGUUUUGCCGUCGGCAUUUAGCGUAGUAGAUAUACAUAUAUACACAUACUCUACCAUAAAUACAAACUAUAAUUAAUACCAACAAAAUAUAUUGUACUUUUAUGUCUAAAAAAAUCAUAUAAAACGAAAACGAAUAAAUAUAAUCGUAUAAUAAUUUUAUGGGACAUACUUUUUA